AUGGAACAAGAUUUUCUUGGUCCAUGGCUGCUCUCUCCUCAGUUUGGAUUUUGAUUUCAUGUCGUGGAGAUACAUGCGGCGCCAAGUGUUAGAUGUACAAAGGUGGACAUGCUUGGGCUGGUGAUGUCGCAAGCAAAGAAUGGCUAUCUAUGUCUACCAACGAGGAUACCGGUAAUGUUACUGGACUUCAAUGUCAACACUCCAGCUAGGAGGGACUGAAUCAGCAGAUACUUCAUUAUGGGAAAGUUCAGCAUCUCCUGCCUGUUCCCUGCCUCCUGGCACUUCAGCGUGUCCCCCUCGGUCCUCCCCCGCCUCCUGCUCCCCUCCUUCAGGCAGCUGAUCUUCCUCUGCCUGCUGGCCGGCCUCCUGGGCCUCCUCUACCUGCUGCUGGCCACGGAAAAGGGCCAGUACAGCUGGAUCAGGGAGGAUAAGCGCAUUCACAGACAUUUGGCCAGAGUGACGGAUCUGGAGGUGACGGAUACGAGUAACCCCAACCUGAACUACGGUCUGGUGGUGGACUGUGGCAGCAGCGGCUCCCGGGUCUUCGUGUACUGCUGGCCACGCCACAACGGCAACCCGCAUGACCUGCUGGACAUCCGGCAGAUGAGGGACCAGCACCGCAAGCCUGUGGUCAUGAAGAUCAAACCAGGUAUCUCCGAGCUAGCCACCACUCCAGAGAAGGCCAGCGACUACAUCCACCCCUUGCUGAGCUUCGCAGCGGAGCACAUCCCUAAGGCCAAGCACCAGGAAACCCCCCUGUACAUCCUCUGCACCGCAGGCAUGAGGGUGCUGCCCGAGAGCCAGCAGGAGGCCCUGUUGGAGGAUCUGCGUACUGAUAUCCCUGUGCAUUUCAACUUCCUUUUCUCCGACUCCCAUGUUGAAGUCAUCUCUGGGAAGCAGGAGGGUGUGUAUGCAUGGAUUGGAAUCAACUUUGUCCUGGGAAAAUUCAAUCAUGGAGGGGAUGAUGGCGAGGCGGUGGUGGAGGUGCAGGUACCGGGUAGUGACCAGCAGGAGGCAGUAGUACGCAAGCGGACAGCCGGGGUGCUGGACAUGGGCGGCGUCUCCACCCAGAUCGCGUUCGAAGUGCCCAAAAGUGUAAGCUUUGCUUCUCCACAGCAGGAAGAGAUGGCUAAGAACCUGCUGGCGGAGUUCAACCUGGGCUGUGACGCGCACCGCACCGAGCACGUCUACCGCGUCUACGUCUCCACCUUCCUGGGCUACGGCGGCAACGCGGCCCGUCAGCGAUACGAGGAGAACCUGGUCAGCAAGACCCUGCUCAAGAACAAGCUGCUGGACCAGCAUCUGGGCGAGUCGGCCGACACCCCGGUCCUGGACCCGUGUCUGCCCAGCGACCUCCCUGACGAGGUGGGGCCGGCCAGCCAGCGGGUCCACAUCCGCGGCACGGGCGACUUCGACUCGUGCCGCCUGCUGCUGCAGCCCUUCCUCAACCGCACCAACGAGACGCACACCUCGCUCAACGGUGUCUACCAGCCGCCCAUCGACUACCACAACAGCCAGUUCUACGGCUUCUCCGAGUUCUACUACUGCACCGAGGACGUGCUGCGCAUGGGCGGAGACUACAACUCCACCAAGUACACCAACGCUGCAAAGAACUAUUGCGCCACCCAGUGGAGGAUCCUGAAAGAGAGGUUUGAUCGGGGCCUCUACGCCUCUCACGCUGACCUGCACAGACUCAAGUACCAGUGUUUCAAGUCAGCGUGGAUGUAUGAGGUGUUCCACUCGGGCUUUGCGUUCCCGCCUCAGUAUGAGAGCCUGAAGACGGCCCUGUUGGUCUACGACAAGGAGGUGCAGUGGACCCUGGGGGCCAUCCUCUACAGGACACGCUUCCUACCCCUCAGAGACAUCCAGCAGGAGAUCCUGAGGGGGGCGCACUCCCACUGGCGCCACAGCUUCCCCUACAUCAACACCCACUUCCUGUUCCUGGCCUGCUUCCUGGUGGUGCUGCUGUCCAUCCUGCUCUACCUGCUCCGCCUGCGCCGCAUCCACCGCCGCGCCGCCGCACUCCACCGCGGAGCCUCCUCCUCCUCAGUCGCGUGGCUGGAGGAUGGACUGGACUCCUCCGCCAUUGCUGUCACCCUAUAGGCCGACAGGCCUGCCUGUCUAGGGGCCAGGCCCGCCCACCUCCUGCUCUUCUGCGCUGUGGUUGGAGGAAGGAUUGGGCUCAUCUGACGCUGCCGCUACGCUAUAGGCCGACAGACAUGCCAGUCUAGGAGCAAGUCCCGCCUCCUCCUGAUCUGUGCAGUGGUUCUGCGCAGACGGACUGGGUUGUUCUGACGUUGCGGUUACCCUAUAGGCUGACAAGCCAACCUGUUGCCAGGACCAGUCCCGCCUCCUUCACUGCAGACACUCCUCUUCUGUGCAGUGGUUGGAGGACGGACAGGGCUGUUCUAACAUUGCUGUUACCCUAUAGGCUGACGCGCCUGCCUGUCGCUAGCUCCCGCCCCCUUCACUGCAGACACUCCUCCUGUUCUAUGCAGUCAUUGGAGGAAGAACUGGGGUUCCUUUGAUGUCAAUCACGCUAUAGGCUGAUGAGCCCGCAGAGCCCGCCUAGCUUCAGAGCCAGUCCUAUCGCCACCUGACUCUUAAACCCUCACCCUCCACCACAAACCAUCCUCUGUUCAGUGGUUGGAGGAAGGCCUAGGCUUUUCUGAUGUUGCCGUCACUCUCCAUAGGCCAAAAAGCCAGUCCGUCAAUGGGCUAGUGCCCACCCCUACUCCCAUCCCUACCUGAGUCUCCACUACCUACCCGAGUCCCGCCAGUGCUCCUCUGGAGUGCAUUUCUCGAAGCCGUGGUUGCUAACUAUGUUAGCUACUUUGUUCUUUGCAAUGCAAUUUCUCAUUGGCAACUACCCACGUUGGCUAGCUGGCUGGCUAGCAACUAAGCUUUCGAGAAGCACAACCCUGGCCAGUAAUCCACAUGAAGGUCUCCUUGGUCAGACUGCUGUAAAGCUGGCAAUAAUCAUGCUGACCACACCAGAGAUGAGACUGUUGGUUUGUGUGUCUGUCUGCUUGUCUGUUCCCUUUGGCCUGAGAGUUUACCCCCAGGUGGAUGUGACUGUGAGAGCUGUUGCAGUCCAUAGUGCAAAGACUGUUAAAACUUCAGUGAACUAUCGUCUGAGAGGACUUUUUUUCUGUUCUACGAGAACAGCUUCAGUCUAACUUGUCUUGAAACGAUCAUGAUCAUGUGUCUCCCUUGUUAAUUUAUUUAUUUUUUAAUUUUCAUUUUACAAUUUGUCUUGUUUCAUUUCUUUUAACGACCAUAAGCAAUGUGAACGGUCUUGAAAGUGCACAUACAUUACUGUGGCCUACAGAGAUUUGUUUCCGCACUCCACACAAUGUUACCCUUAUGAUUUACAUAGAGAUUGGCCCCUGUGUGUCUGUUUUUGACCGUAGAUAAUGUUAUAUCUAUGGUUUUAGGGUCAGAGAUAACGUAUAUCCAUGGUUUUGACUGUGCCAAACAGGAAGUUGUGUCUCUCUCUCUCUCGCUCUAUCUCGCUCUCUCUUCUUUUCUCUCUUCUCUCAUUCUCUCUCUCUCGCUCUAUCUCGCUCUCUCUUCUUUUCUCUCUUCUCUCAUUCUCUCUCUCUCUCUCCCUCUCUCUCUCCCCCGCCACCCCUCCUCCUCUGGUCUCUUCAUUCAGGUUGUCUCGGUCACUCAUGAAUGAAUGCAGCUUUUGUCUCCAGGACCACAUUCCGAUUGAAAGGUUCUCUUAGUCACCGGACCUCUUGAUGUCAUUUCGUUUCCGCUUUGUGCCAUGUUGAGGAUGAGAGACCUGAUUUUGUUUUUGUCUCUGUUUCUUUCUUUCUUUUUUUCGUCAUAAUUACAAGCAAAAAAAAGGUUCAUGCUUGUUGGUAUGGAGAGAUCAUGAAGAGAGGCAUUUAACUGUUCAAGUCCUGAUGGUUUAUAAUGCUAAAACUGCACCUUCAGCUGCACCCUUCAGCUUGAUCGUGGGAAUAGGACCUGUGGUUAUAUCCCUCAGAGAGGGUGGUAGUCAUUUUGGCAAUGCCAAUCACUGACAGCCGGGUAUAUAUUUCAGACUUUUUGUUUGUAAGGAUGUCUGUCUUGUCCAGGGUAUCCCCCAUGACUGCACACAACUGUAAAUGAAAUCCAGUGUAUGUAUGUUUUGAUGUUUGGAUCCAAAACAUGGAACAGUGACCAAGUGUGUGAGUGUGAGGGGAAGAGUGUUUGAUAAGCCGUGUUUGUUUUACCACAGUUACCAUUUGGGAGAAGUGACUCUGAGCCCGGCAUAUGAGAUUAGUGUUUGUGUUGUCUGAUGCUUUACAGUCAGUGCUGAGACACUCCACAGUUCUGUUGAAAUGACAAUGGCAACGGAUAUUUUCUUUACUUUUUUUUCCCUUAGUUUUUUUCCCCCCCAAAAUCUGAACCUUAUCAAUGCUUAUUGGAAGUGCUUGCACCAUCGGUACUGAGUAGUAUAUGGGCACUGCAUGCUAAGCUGUGAGUGCACUAACAAGGCUGUAACCAGCAGAGGGCCAGACAGAGUUAUGUAGGCUGUGCAUCAACCAUUGAUUAUGCAAGUAGUCACUGGCACCAACACAUUAUAUUGCCCUCCUGUGGUUUGCUGAAAUUGUUCGGUAACACUUUACUUGACACCAACGUCAUGCAUAUGACAUAACGGUGUCAUAACACUGUCAUAAUGCAGUCAUGAAUGUGUCACAAACAUUGUCAAUGUCUUAAACAUUGUAUGACUGUCUUUAAGUGAAUUUGGUUAUGACAAAAGAUGGGCAUAACAAUGUCAACUUUUCAUGGCCAUAAAACGUUUAUGACAUUAUCAUUAUGUUUAUGAAUUGUUCAUGACACUAUUAUGACACUGUUAUGUCAUACGUAAGACGCCGGCGUCUAGUUAAGUGUUACCAAUUGUUCUAGUGGUGUAUGCAGAGGCUUUGCAGGUAGGCUACAUCUUUAAAAAAAAAACAUAACUGUGCAAUAUAAAAUGUUUUUUCCCCUUUGUCUGUAAUGUCUUACCACAUGUUGGGAGUGAAAGAGCUCCCAUCGUCUGCUGAAUAUACAAUAAGUGCAUAGGCCUUUGGAUCUGUGUGGGUUUGUCAGCCUGAGACCCUGUGUGUGUCUGCAAAUGUGUGUUUGUAUGAAUGGGUUUUUAACUUUGGGCUUCUUUUUUCUGAAGCUGUCGUCACUGCUGUACGAAAAAAAUGAACUGUUUGUGAAAGCACAGACACUGUAUUUAUAAAAAUGAUGUUCAGGAAAGAAAUCUGUUUGCACGGAAAUGUUCAACAAUCUUGCCUGAUAUUAAAAGAGAUCAGUGCUCAUCGAUUUA